CGCGGGUUUCGGGUCUGUCGGUCCCUCCCUCCCGGCGGUUUCGGGUCCUGCUCUGGGAUUCCUCCGAACUCCGCCGGUUGUAGGGAGCUGUGUGUUCCUUUUAUGGCAUGCAGAGAAGAUCCUGGACACAGUAAGGUCAUGGCUCCAAGAACAAAAGGGCUGAUUGUUGAAAAACAUGGAGUGAUCAUAACAGAACCCCCCGCCUGUGAAUUUGAAUACUGAGUUCUGGAAAAUGGCGGAAUGGCUUCGGUGGACUUGAAUAUAGGAAUGAUCUUGCUAUUCCAGACAGUCGUGGGAAUCCUGGGGAACUUCUUGCUCUUGUAUCAUCGCGUGUCCCUUUACUUCAGGGGAUGCAAGCUGAGAGCCACAGACUGGAUUCUCGGGCUCCUGACUGCAGCCAACUGCCUGGUCAUUCUCUCGAGAGGAGUCCCGGAGACCAUGGCAGCUUUAGGGCUGAAACAUUCCGCCACUUACCAUGAGUGCCACCUCCUUCUCUAUGUUCACAGAGUAGCCAGAGGCAUGUGCAUUUGUUCCACCUGCCUCCUGAGUAUCUGCCAGGCUGUCACCAUCCACCCCGGGAACUCCAGGUGGGCGGAGCUUAAGGUGAAAUCUCCCAAGUACGUUUGCCUCUCCUGUACCCUGUGCUGGGUGCUCCAUAUGGUGGGAAGUAUGUUUUUUCCUAUUUUUGUGACUGGUCAAUGGAGCAACAAAAAUAUUACAGAGAAAAGAGAUUUCAGAUAUUGUCCUGCUUGGUGGCAUAGCGCCAAGAUCGCAAGCUCAGUGUACGCCGCAGUGACAUCUUUCCACGACAGUUUGUGUUUGGGACUCAUGACCUUGGCCAGCAGCUCCAUGGUUUUCGUCCUCUACAGGCACAAGCAGAGGGUCCAACACAUCCGUAGGAACAGUCUCUCCCCCAGACCCUCCCCUGAGACUAGAGCCACCCGAAGCAUCGUUGUUUUGGUGACCACCUUUUUAUUUUGUGCCCUCUCCUCUGUCAUUUACAUUUACUUGGCUUUCUUUAGUGAUUCCAAGCGGUGGCUGAUCAUGCGCCGGCUCCACUGUGUCUGCUGUGGGAGAAAUACAUAAUUCCGUCAUCUCGUCAGAGAAGCAUGAAUUGUCCUCCACCAGUUCAGUCAUGGAUACGCCCAAACCUGAAAGCAUGUUUAGAACAAUUAUGAGCCAGUUUCCCUGCAGAGAGAAGGUUAAGCAAGACAGACUGACACUGGCCUAAUAUGAAAUAGUGAAUAAUAAUAGCGUGGUACAUGAACUCUUCUGGAAUUAACAUGUGUGUACUUAGAUAGUUGUAUGUUCAUUAACAGUUACCCUGGAGAAGUUAAGGUUCCAUAGAACAGUCCUGAAAUAAUGUGAAGACACUGGAAAUGCCUUUGACUGUGUAACUUUCAAAUUGAGAUACAUUAAAAUGUCCUAAGAUGUACCUGAGCCCGGAAUUGUGAAGACAGUUGGAUAAGAGGGAACAGCAUGUGGGUAAGUCUUUUCAGAAACUAGGGAUGGGAGCCAUGGUUCUGAUUUGUGAUGCAAAUGGCCUGGGGUGAAGCUGGAGGGAAAAAUCAAGUUUUACUUAUUUCUGGCUUUGGAGGCUGUGUUGCGAAUGUUGUGCUUUAUAGACUAAGAGAAAUUGGGGACAUUUGAAAUAUGCUAAUGCUAAUGGAGAAAGACGAGCAUAUUAAAAUAUUUUCAGGUCAACAUUUUAGGAGUAAACUGCAGGGGGCGAAGAGGAACUUAGGAAGAUAUGUCCACUGAAUUUUAUAAAGGGUGCAGGUGGGGGGCAGCCAGUACACAGAUCGGGUGUGUAGGAAAAGACUGAACGGACUCUGGGAAUGUUUAGAAGGUGGAUUGUCCUGUGUUAAAUCUUGAUGGCAGUUGGCUCUUUUGGCGAAAAGAUGUUUCAAGAUGGACUUCUGCUUUUCCAACUUGAGGAUACAAGACGUUACAGAAGAGCAUUUCAUCAAGCUUGGGGCAGUAGAUGAGUAGC